AUGAUCCACACUGACCACAUUGCAUUGUACUUGGCUGAAGCCUGCAACAACAGUGAAAACUGGUUGGAGAUGCAAGAAUUGAAGGAGCCUCAAACUCUACAGCAGGCAGCAUUCAUAGGACAUUGCCAUUCAGGAUACUGUAAGUUCAGGCAUCAUACUAAGCUUAAUUGGGAGUCCAUCUUCAGCACAGAGAGUCCAGCAACACCUCCUCUCAUGGCUGCAGCAGCAUCAACCAUCCCAGUUGCCACUUUUUCCUCUGUCAUACCAGAGGCAUCUGUGAUUGCCACUUCCUUGGCAUCCAUUUCACACACAUGCACCACCCCAUCCUCUAUGGUGCCAGCUACAUUCACAACACCCGUUGCUACCUCAUCAGCACCAGCUGCACACUUGAGUGCCACAACCUGGAGCACCACAACCUCGAGCACCACAACCUUGAGUGCCACAACCUCGAGUGCCACAACCUCGAGCACCAUAACCUCUUCUCUCAAACCAGCUGAGUCGACCACUUCAAAUGUCACACCAACACAGAAGAAGAAGACCAGAAAGCAGAGGGCUGAUGAGAUGGGGUGGUACCCAACAUGGCCUACAGCUGUGAAGGAAUGGCAUGAUGACAAGCAGGCAGAGUUGGAAUAUUGGAAGAAGGACACAGAUGAAGAGGCAGAAGCACAAGAGAAGGAGUCGAAGAGGCUUGGAUUUGCUGCAUUGGAUCUCACAAGAAAAUAUUUGAUGGAGUACAGAGAUGGCUCAAGUGAUGACAAGCCUGAGGUGGAGAGGGGCAUUGACUUUGGCACUAAGGAGAGUAAUGACACUCAACAGGGGUACCAGGAUGAUGUUAGAGAAAUGCUGAAGACCAAGGGUUUGUGCAAGGCUCAGGAAGAGGACCAUGCCAAGGUCGAGAAGCUGCUGCAGCAGCCAGAUGCAGAAGGGAAGGUAGUAGAAGAGGUCUACAGCGAUGCGGAUCUGUAUGACAAAAUGCCACCUGGGGACCUUUUUGUACCUAUUCAAGCAGGGAUGAUGCACACAGCAGAGUCUCACGAUGCUCUAGGUGCCUCUCAAGGGCCAUCAAUGUCCUACUCACGAGACAUGGUAGAGCCUCCAUCUCCAUCUCCUCCUCCCUGGAGGGAUCCAUUUCUGUCUCCUCCUCCCUGGAGGGAUCCAUCUCUGUCUCCUCAUCCCUCGUGUGAUCCAUCUCUGUCUCCUCCCUCAUGUGAUCCAUCUCCAUCUCCUCCUCCAUCAAGUGAUCCACAAUGA